UAGACCUGGAUCGCGGGAAAGUGGGUCACCGAUUCACUUUCACUUAUUACAUGGGCUCCUAAUCGUUUUCCAUUGUGCGCGCGGGCGGGGGCUCUCGGGCCGCGGCGGGGCGCAUGCGGGAACCGCCGGCACGCGCGCCGCCGCCGCCGCCCGCCAGUCGAUCGCAGAACGUCCACCGAGUGGUACGCGUGCUGCCGCCUCUCCCGUUUAACUCGAUCGUACUACACCGCUAGCGCAAGGAUCGCGGCAGUCUGUCAACACCACUCGUCGUACUCUCGCGUCCCCGCUGCACCCAGCAACCGCGAGACUUGGCGCCCGGCGCCUUUUCGACUAUUCGCACAAUAUGUACUGGAUCCACGUGCCUCCGCCGGUAGUGUUUGGACCUGUGCAGCCCGCCAGCAGCAGAUAGUGUUGUGGUCUUUCCGCUAGUGAACUCGGUGACUGUGUUAUAAAGUUUCGCGGCUUGUAGCCGCCGUAGGGUCAGUGUGAAUCAUUAGCCGCCUAGGGCGGCUUACUAUGACGAUGGAUCAGCAAACUGGCCUCAUGUCCCUCAACAUGUCUCCCUUCGAUCUGAGCCCCGGUCCCGAGGGCUCCGGCGCCGGUGCCUCGGGUGCUUCUCAACAAUAUGUCCCACAAGGAGCAGCUUACCAAUGCGCUCCGGAACAACAGUCUUUCGGCUAUGCCAAUUUGGAUGCAUCAUAUCUGUUCCCGACAGGUACCGGUGCAGAACCUGGAGCAUACAUGCCUGCGACAGGCAACGUCUGUGACCAAACAGACACCAAGGAUGUGAUAGAAGAGCUUUGCCCGGUCUGCGGAGACAAAGUCAGCGGAUACCACUACGGACUCCUCACAUGCGAGUCCUGCAAAGGAUUUUUCAAGCGUACAGUUCAGAACAAGAAGGUUUACACCUGCGUCGCUGAGAGAGCCUGCCACAUUGACAAAACACAGCGGAAGCGAUGCCCCUUCUGUCGCUUCCAGAAGUGCCUGGACGUCGGGAUGAAGCUUGAAGCGGUGCGAGCCGACCGCAUGCGAGGCGGCCGCAACAAGUUCGGGCCGAUGUACAAGCGCGACCGCGCCCGCAAGCUGCAGAUGAUGCGGCAGCGGCAGAUCGCCGUGCAGACCCUGCGCGGCACCCUCGGCGAGGGCGGGCUCGUGCUGGGCUUCGGCACCUCGCACUACGCCGCCGUGCCCGUCAAGCAGGAGAUCCAGAUCCCGCAGGUGUCCUCGCUGACCAGCUCGCCCGAGUCGUCGCCCGGGCCCGCGCUGCUCGCCCAGCAGCAGCCGCCGCAGCCGCCGCCGCCGCCCUCGCACGACAAGUGGGAGGCGCACUCGCCGCACUCCGCCUCGCCCGACGCCUUCGCCUUCGACGCGCCCGCCACCGCCGCCGCCACGCCCUCCAGCACCGCCGAGCCCACCAGCACCGAGACCCUGCGCGUGUCGCCCAUGAUCCGCGAGUUCGUGCAGACCAUCGACGACCGCGAGUGGCAGAACUCGCUCUUCGGACUCUUGCAAAGCCAAACCUACAACCAGUGCGAGGUGGAUCUCUUCGAGUUAAUGUGCAAAGUGCUGGACCAAAAUCUCUUCUCACAGGUCGAUUGGGCGAGAAACACCGUGUUCUUUAAGUAUUUAAAGGUUGAUGAUCAAAUGAAGCUCCUGCAGCACUCGUGGUCUGACAUGUUGGUUCUGGACCACCUUCACCAGCGCAUGCACAACGGUCUGCCAGAUGAGACCACGCUCCACAACGGACAGAAGUUCGACCUCCUGUGCCUAGGCCUCCUCGGCGUGCCCUCCCUGGCUGACCACUUCAACGAGCUGCAGAACAAACUCGCGGAGCUCAAGUUCGACGUCCCAGACUACAUCUGCGUUAAGUUCUUGCUUCUGCUAAACCCAGACGUGCGGGGCAUCGUGAACGUGAAGUGCGUCCGGGACGGCUACCAGACGGUGCAGGCGGCCCUGCUAGACUACACACUCACCUGCUACCCGACGAUACAGGACAAGUUCGGCAAGCUAGUGAUGGUGGUGCCCGAGAUCCACGCGCUGGCGUCGCGCGGGGAGGAGCACCUGUACCAGCGACACUGCGCGGGGCAGGCGCCCACGCAGACCCUGCUGAUGGAGAUGUUGCACGCCAAGCGCAAGCCAACCGGUGGAGAAGUCGUCACCCGGGCACCUGAGCACACGUCCACACUUGACAGAUUUGUGUGGUCUCUGAUUUCAGAUGUUGAAGUGCCCGUGAAGAAUGAGACGGGCGGUUAGGAGCGCCGCCAAGCGACGCAUCGAGCCGCCGUCAGACAGAUGACGAUUCGUUUAAACUUUACUUUAGCCAGUAAGUUUUAGUUGGUGUGAUUGAAUAACUUAUUGCUGAGCGCCGGCAAUAGCCGCGCGUACCUAGUCCCAUACAGAUAAAAAUAUUUAUCUACAUACAUAAUCUCUGUAACAUUUAAUAUAAAAAUAUUAAAACACCAGUUUUGUAGCUACCGUUAAUUUAUUUAGCAUUCUAUGUAUAUUGUAUGUUAUUUCAAAAUUGCAUAAGUACAUUUGAAACUAAGUUUUUUUUAACUUUAACUUUAAUAGAGAAUGGAAAUAUUUUAGGAAAGCGUCUGUGAUUAUAAACGAAGAAAAUUUGAUGAAAACCGUUUUAAAUGUUAGUUCAGAUGUUAUAUUAUGUGUAUAAUAAUUGUUAGGGUUAAUGUAACUGUAUGUGUAUUAGGUAAGGUGGUCGAGGUAUGCCGACCCCCGCGCACCCCACUGUCGCCGCGACGCCUCUCGGGCUACUAUGUAUAAACUACACUUUGUCAAAUCAAAUACCCUAUUGAAUGUUAUCAUAGCAUAUUAAGAAUCAUGAGUGAAUGAUCAGUACGUGUUUACGAGAAGUAAAGUUUAAAUAAAGUUAAAUAAUGUAAAUGAUUUAUUGAGAUAAUUAUAAUAUGUAUUUUGAAAUUUAAACAAUCCGACGGAACCUAUUUAUCGGCCAUACUAGUACAAAUGUUUAACCUUGUGUAAAUAGAAAGUGUAGAUUAUUUACAGUGAAUUAUUCUACUUAAAUAUAUACAGUAAAGAAAACUAUAUAUUCUCAUACUGAGUGCAAGGAAGCCUUUAAAAGUUACGUCGUAGAUUUUGUAAAGUGACACUGGGUACAAAAGGCUCCUAGAGGUGGCCAGAUGAGAUGAUAUGUAUAUUUUUAUACAACAUAUUGUUCUUUAUUAACAUAUAUAAUAUGUUAACUAAAAGUACAUGAUUUCAUAUUUUUCUAACAUUAGGUGUAGAAAAAUAUAAUGAUCAACUUUGAAAGUUUAAAUCUUUAUAUUAAAAGUAACGUAAUCGUUAUGUGUACAUACUUAUUAUGCGUUACGAAUUUAAUUUGAGAACGUAUUAUUUUUUAUAUUACACUAGGGAAUAUAAUGUACACAUGAGGUAAUCUAAACUUCUUCAACUUAAUCCAGCAAUAGAACAAACUUACCAAUUCACAAAUUACAAUAUUAGUCAUAUUAAAUAACUAUCUAAAAUAGAUAAAAAAUCUCUGGCAAUUUUAACACAUUGAAGAUUGAAAUAAAUGUUAGUAUACCUUGUAUGUAUGAUGUUUUAAUUAGCGAGAAGAGUAAACGUAUAUGUGAUUGACACAUUGUAUUCUCGUAUAAAAUAUAAAAAUUGCACCAAGUGCGAAUGUAACAUAUUAUGGUUGAUAUUUGAUUCUAUUUCCAUUUAAUUUCGGCUUAGCGUACUGGAAUGGGCUUAUGUGUAAUAUAAAUAUAUAGCACCGAUUUAUAUAUACCGUCCAGUUAUAUAAACCUACUAAUAUACUUCUAAAGCUUAAAAGCAACAUUUGUAAUACAUAGUUUUCGGAGAAUUCGAUGCAAGGUUUUAUAAUUUUUUUAAUGAAAACUUAAGUACCUGUUUAAAAUUAAACGCAAAUUAAUGAGAGUUCCUUAAAUUAGGUAUGGAUGUACACGUUUAAGGCGAGCACAAAACUGAGCGAAUAGUGUCACUACUAACAUAAAGCAAAUAUUCAUUUCAUUUUCUUAAUAUUUUUUGUGCUAUGGACAGUGGACACAUUAAUUAUAUAAAUGCUUAGUAUCUGAUUUUAAAUAUUACGUUAUAGUGAACACAUUAAUUAAAUAAAAUAGGAUGUAGAACCAUGAAGCUGUGAUAUAGUAAACCUCUGGCUGAAUCACCUCUGAACUUGUCGUUAUUUUGGUAUAACACUUUCUUCUAAAUAUAAUAAAAUACUAGAUGCAAACCGGAGCGAACCAUUUAUAAAAUUUUCGGCCGUGCGUGAUAGAUAUGUGUUAAAUAUUUAUUAUAUUUUAAAUUUAAUUUUGAUUAUUAAUAUUUAAAUUUUUAUUUACAUAUUUUUACUUAUAUAUAAAAUAUAUAUUUAAAUCUAUAAAAUAUAUUUUAAAGAUUGGUCAGCUUCAUGGUGUAAAUGAUUAACGGAGGCAAAGCUGAUCUGUGAUGCUAUGACGUAGUUAGAAGUAAUUGGGACUGUGUGUUCGUCAUUGGGACACAGCGACCGAGUGACCAAUAUAGCAUAAGUAGCGGAUCCCGGUGUAGCCAUUCACACACAUAUAUUUCACAUCUUAAUAAAUGUGUUUAAAUAGCUGCAUCAUUUUAUUAGAAAAAUAUGAAAUCUUUUUUUAUAUAUAAUACUAUUAUAUAUCCCUUUCAUUCACAACCCAAUAACAGCGGUUAUGCACAUUUGGUAAAGUUUAUUCUUAAUACAAAUAUUACAUAGCUUAUGGCUUGUUCCUGUUAGGUAAACAGUACCAUGAUUUUAAUAUUUCGCCACACGAUUUCUUGUAUUAGGUUUGUGUUCUUCUUACCAAUAUCAUGUUACCAUUCAAAUGCAGUAUUUCACAAAUUAUGAUAGUAGGCUUAGGUACAAAAUAAUUGUCUUUAGACAUCUUAGACGUGUCCGGUACACAAAUCUAAUGGAAGGGAUCUUAUUACAAUAUUACCUAAUAACUUUUAAUUCAUUGCAAUUUAUUUAUAAUUUAAAUGAAUUAAAUAUAUUAUUAUUUGAAUUAUAUUUUACACUGUGUGAAUUGACGAAUGAAUUUUUAAAAUAAGAAUCUAUCAAAUCUUAUAGAAAGCUUUACGAUAGAGAUAUUACUGUGGAACGUGCUUUUCCUAACUAUAUAGUAUUAUUUUAUAAAAUGUAUGUAGUAUUUUUGUUGUAUUAUUAAAAGUAGUUAAGGAGUAUGUAUUUUAUGUAUAUUAUUUUUGAGUCACAUCAGUCGCGGCCUCCGGGUAGUAUAAAAGGCACAGUGAAGCACAGUGAGGAUACUCGAGUAUCCACUGUUUUGCUUACACUGUGAGAGGGAUACAAAGUAGUGUGCCAUUAGAAAAUGCUGGUACAGAGAUACAAUAGUACUCGCAAACGGCGCGUCAAACAGUACAACUAAUCUUUAGUUCAUCUGACAGUAUAAGGAGUGACAAUGAGAAAGUGGCUAUAAUUAAAGUACAAUUAAUUUGAGUAAUGUUUCCAAACACCAGUAAUUCUUCGACGUUAGUGAAUGGUUCAGCAAUGAUCGGUGCCAGUGUUCAUAUUAGUUAACUUUUGUUAAGUCUUUUUAAUUUCUUCAUCUUCAUUCGCUGCUUUAGAUCUUUUUACACUUAAUUCACUAAAUUUUAACCUAUUACAAUUUAAUUGUAUUAAAUAUAUUAAAAUUUUACCUAUUAAUAAAAACUUAGACGUAAGGUUAGGUUGUAAAAUAUGAAUGUAAAAUUUUUAAUGUUUUUCUGUAAGUAUAAUAUCUAUAUUUAUGAUUAUAAAUUGAUAAGAAUUUGAAAAUGACGCGUAAGUUAGGGUGGUGAGUGUUGUAUGUAAGUGUAAAUGCAGGUGACGUAUACAUUUAGGCUGCAGUUGGUAUUGCACCGAGCGGGUCGCCUCACUCGACGCCAGCUCCCGCCGCUCGACAACCCACUUAUAUUAAUCUUCAAAUUGUAUGUAAAACAAAGUGUUCACUAUUUAGUGUAGAUAGGGUCACGGGGGCGGGCGGCGGCGGGACACGGCAGCGGUGCACACAUUCCAAGCUAACGCUAGGCGCAUAGUAACGCGUCCGGAAACGCUCUAAAUGUUUGUAAGUUAACCACUUUGUUGUUCAUUAACGAUAAGUUUAGGUUAAUCUCAGUUCAUACACGUUGUUUAAUAGUCUGUAUAUAGUAUUCUCUCGGUUAAGUUUGUAUGAGGACGCGAAUUUGAGCGAAACGACAGGCCUAAAAGCUGAUGGGUUCAUAGUAGUGUAAGUCUUAAGUACCUAAGCGAAUAUUUCUGUUGCACCUAACUUUAAUUUUUGCGAAUCAUGUUAGUUAUAAAGGACGCUAAUUGUAAAUAAAAAAGUAUAAAUUCAAUGUAAAAGGUUAUUGUUGAAUCAGUGUGUAGGGCCGACAUUUACCAUUGCGUCGGCUGCAUUUGCUGUUGUUAAUUAUCUGAUACCAUAGAGUUAUGGCUAUUUAUGUGUUAACUGUAGAGGUAAUGUCGGGAGUGGGCGCCUGAGGGGAACCAACCUCGCACUCUAUCUUAUUAUUAUUCUAAGUGUGAACACACAGCCGCAAGUGGCCACCACGGCUGUCGAGGCUGCUCCUUGUAACUGAACGAACGAAACGUUCCGAUGGACAUUAGAUAGCUAUUAUUGUAACGAAAUCAUAUUAUACAUCACUGUUGACAUCACUAAUUGAUAAUAAAUGUAAUUAAUUCUUAAGAUGAUUGGUUUAUUAUAAAUGUGAUUAAGGUUAUAAUCAGUAAAUUGCGGUUAAUUCGAGUCGUUAUAAUAGCACUUGGUUGAGGAUACUUGUUAUUAUUUCAAUAACGGUCAAAAUCAUGAAUUUUGUAUUUAGAAGCUUUUUUACUAUUUAUUUAAUAACAAUAUACGUCAACCAAAGAACAGAUUGACAAUAUUCUUUUAUGUUAUAACGAUCAAUGUUGCAAGUAAUUGUUAAGUUACCUAUGUACAUACAUAUAUGUAUUAGAGGCAGGCUGGUAUCGAGAGACGUCCGGGUCCUAUCUCCUGUACAUAGGGCGGGCGCCUCUCGACUGUUUCACAGUUCAGUUAGGCUGGAGCCAUCGGCACUAUACCACAAAGCGCAGCCACUUUAGUACCGUGUUAUUACCUCACGUCUUUUUUACAAUCAUUGAAUUACAUAGUUAUUGUUGUCCCUAAAUCUUUAAACUUAUUUUAUUGUGGAAUAUUUAGAGGUGGUCGUUACGUUAUCAACUGUGAACACUGAUCUUAGCCGGCGACGUGGCUGGCGUGGCUUAGCGCCGCGCCUGUCUGCUAUACUUUGUGUGCCGCCCGCUCUUAUUGUAGAAAUAAAUGAUAUUUUCGUUUAA